AGCGUCAAACCUCCUCCGUCCCGUCUCCAGAUCUGUUCCCGAGCCAGGAUAAUGACGGAGCUCGGCCGUUAGUCCGCCCUCUGCUUUCUGGACACCCAUGAAAGCCGCUCGUCUCUAAAUCGCUGCUGCUUGGAUUAAAUCGAGGGCGAUGUUUCCAGCGGGCAACAACAUGUCCCUGGUGGCGGCGACCGUGGCGCUGCUCGCCGCCGUUCUCUGCACCUCACCGGUCGGUGCCAACGAGGACUGUCUGUGGUACGUGGAUAAAAACGGCACCUGGCACAAUGGCUUCGACUGCCCUCUCAUCACAUUCUGCUGUGGGAACUGCCACCGACGCUACUGCUGCCUGGACGCUUUCAAGAUGAUCACGGAGCGGGAGCAGAAACGCUGCAUGCUCUUCCAGUUCAGCCCCACGACUCUAGCUGGCAUUGCCUCCUCCAUCCUCUUGUUUGUGGCCAUCAUUGCCACCAUGGUGUGCUGCUUCAUGUGCUCCUGCUGCUACCUUUACCAGAGAAGACAACAGAGGGGCAGGACACCUUAUGAUGCCCAGCAUAUCCCCAUGGCCAGCUACCCAGUGGAGCCGAUGUACGACGCAUAUGGAAAACCACUGGGACCAUCUGAGUAUCCACAUGCAGGUUAUCCAAUGGCGCCCCAGUACCCGGGCAUGCCACCGCACUAUCCAGUGAUGCAGCCUGGACCGUAUCCACCACACCCAAUGGAUCCCGCUUACAGCCAGGCCCCGCCACCUUACUCUCCACCUCAGUAUCCCGGCCACUGAUGAGCUCAUCUACAAACACAGCAGGAAACAACAGCAGCUGAGAGAAAUGACUGUUUUCAGAAGGAGCAGGCGGCAACACUCUUUCACACACUCAGACAAGCACACAAACACUUAAAUCAACACUACAGCCUAACUAGCAGCAGUUUGCCUGUGGAAGAGAACAGGAGGCACUUUAAGGUUUUUUUUGUUGUUGUUGUUUAUUUACAACAUUGUCCUACUUUUCUGGAGUGUUUACGUAAAUCACAUUCUGUUAUGCAACCUGACGCCUCAUCACUUUGCGGGUUUGUCAGCAGGUUUCAAACCCUCCACUAAUGUGAGGAGGUGUCUGUCUCUCCCUUCCCUGCUUUCACCUCUGCUCCCAUGUUCACCUCAGUGACAGGUGUCACCUAAAGACAGGGCAACUUACCUUAAAGAAUAGGGCUCGGAGAGAUUUACAAAACUACCAAUGCACUCCCUCUUCAUAUAUUAAAUGGAAAAACCUCUCAUUUCUGUCAAAGACCUUAUUUCAGACUGUCUUGUUUAGUGCUCCAGUCUCCAAACUUUAUUACAUGAUGUUUUAUCUCCAUAUUAGAGUUUUUCCUAUGUUAUGUGAUAGCGACUAGUGUGGAAAAAAAAACUGAAAAUAAGAAAGGCAUGUUUGUCCAAAAGGUAAAAUGUACUGUAUGAAUCAAAGGCAGCGAUGCUGCCUUAAAUGUUUUGAGAUGGCCUAAUGUAUUUUAUUGUAGUCUUAAUUCUGUGUAUGAAGCCCUCCGUCAGCUGUCGGUUUUACUGUUGUCACUUUAGUUUUGUAUCUGACUCAACUAAAUGCUCCCUGGUAGGAUAUUAACUGCACCAUUCUAAUGUAACAUCUCAGUACCAGCAUGCUAUGCAGUCAGUUCUGUGUCCUCUCCUGCUUUUAAAUGAACUAGAAACCAGUCUCUAGGUUAACCCCAUAAUGCCAGGUAGGUUUACAGUGAAAUCAUGUUCAAUAUUUAUUUCUUGUAACAUAUCACAUCAGCAUAAGUAGCAGCUCAUGCUGCUUGACUCAAAAAAUAUUUUCCAUCUUACAGUUAUGACCCAUAAAAAUUGAGAGAUUAGCUAUUUCAAUACAUAUUUUGUAAAUGUGUUCUUCAAUAUUUAAUGAUAUUUUAACAAAUUAUUUUAAAAGGUUAUUUAAGCUGUGAGUUUUGGAAUUUUGACAUCUUUCUAUUUAUUAUUACUGAGAUUAGCGUUUACUGUGCAUGAGUUCUCAUCUUCUGGUCUACGCUACAAAGCCUGAAGGCAAAGUUUGACAUUCUGGGAAAUUUGUUUGCUGGAUUCAACAAACACAUUAAUACCACUGUGUGGUAUAUGGGGGGAGGAGAUCAUCAAUACAGCAGUGCUAAAACUGUCUGUUACAAAAUAUUAUUCAAAGAUUGAAUUUAGUCGCUGUUUUAUAAAAUAAAAAUCAAAUUUAUCAUAAGACUGGUGGAUAAAUUCCUAAAAACUAGUCAAUUAUAAUGGUAAAUGGUAAAAAACUUCCUAAAUGGACAGAGGAGGAAUAUGAUGGAUAACAGCUUCAUUUCCCAAAAUGUCAAAUCUUUUUGUUAUGAAGUCUCUCAUUUGACCUCCAGUGAGGUCAGAGUUCGUAACUCUUGAUCUGUAGUUGGGUCUCCUUAGCAUCUUGGACAGAAGAAAACAACGCUGCCCCUGUGUAAGGUGUGUCAACGUCAACAGCGUCUCAAGCAUGUGUUGUGACUACUAAUACUUGAAACCUGGAUUUUCUGUAUUCAGGUUUAAUGUGUAUGAAGCUCAAAGUCAAAUUAGGUUGAAAUAAAAAAAAUCAUUCUGCUCAGAGA